UGUUCUUGAAUAAUUCAUGUCUCACACUAAUAAUUCAUGCCUAAUUCUACCAAUGAUUCUUCCUCAACCUUUCAGCUAUAAAUACACAACAUAUCCUAUAUUUUCUUCACUCAUCUCAUUUGUGAAAAACUAGAACCUCUUCCAAUUCUAACCAAUUUUAUUGUAAUGGCUAUUCGUCUGUCUAGUGCUUUGAGUGCUAAACGCAUUCUCCGCGGAUCUAGCCUUUUUGCAAAUCAAGCAGCUGCUACAUCACUGGAUGUGCCUAAAGGGUACUUUGCUGUGUAUGUAGGAGAGAGUGAAAAGAAGAGAUUUGUCAUACCAGUGUCAUUGUUGAAUCAGCCCUCAUUUCAAGAACUGCUAAGUGCAGCGGAGGAAGAAUUUGGCUUCAGUCAUCCAAUGGGUGGCCUCAUAAUUCCCUGCACAGAAGACAUUUUUGUUGAAGUCGCCUCUGGCCUACACAGACUAUGAUAUGAUAUAUGCAGUCAAAAGUUAAUACAAAUACAAAGUUUAAGCUUUGUUUUUAGGUUUUAGCCUUCCAACAUGGAGUUGAAAAAUGUUUAACCCAUACAAAAGAUUCACAGUAAAUCAACUGGAAUUUUCAGAUUAUAAGGCCUCUGUAUAAAUGUACAAAGAAAAAUCACAUUAAUACAAGACUAUACUCUAUAUUGUUUCUA